AUGUUUCUUUGAUUUGAACAACGUGCUACUUCUUCUCUGCUUUCAUCCAUUGAACUAAUUACUCAAAGCUCAAGUAUCUUAUAUGGCCCCCAUUAGGUCUGAAAGGCAGAAAAAGCCACACACUCGUACUCGAGGGUCUGAUGGCCAUUGGGUCCAUGACCGAGCUCCGCUUCAAUCAGCGAGGGCAAAUGCACCAGCCAACACUGGUUCAACUACGAAGCUCAUCGUAUCCAACUUGCACUACGAGAUCACGCCUAAAGAUUUGGUGUCCAUUUUCGGACAAAUAGGCACGCUCGUUCGCGAGCCUUUGAUCAGGUACGACCGCAGUGGACGUUCAUCCGGUGUAGCAGUCGUGUCGUUCGAGACACCCUUGCAAGCGACACGUGCCAAGAGACAAUUUGAUGGUAAACUUGCCAAAGGACAACCUAUGGAAAUCGCAUUCGACGCCGCGCCCUUACGAACAUCCUCGCUCUUGAGUAGGAUUGAACGACCUUCAUUGGCGGAGCGUUUGAGUGGUGGUGCUGGACCGAAACCGCAAGGAGGUGCCGGCCCGACUCGCACACGCCAACCACGAUCCGCAAGGGCUGCCUUGUCAUCAAGGAUGAAGGCUCCAAAGCCUACGCCAUCCAAAGCCCCCACGGCGGAGCAGCUUGAUCAAGAGCUCGACAUUUUCAUGGCUGAUGAUAAAGGUGCCACGGGUAAGAGAACAACCACUACUGCAGAGGAUGUCGAGAUGGCGUGAUUUGUUGAGUUCGUGUCGUGUCAGGUAUCUGUACAUAGUAAAUGUAUGCUAUUAUAUAUACGGCUAGUUAUGCUUUUUAGUGUUCUGAAUCUGUCCCCUACUUUGCAUUCCAUGUCACACAUCCAAGGAAUCGUCCGACGGCGGUAGUUUGGUAUUACGUGACU